AUGAAGUACAUGCGCAAUCCUUUUUCUACAACACUAACAUUCCGUCACCUAUUCCUUUCGUCGCCGUCUCAAACCACCUCACAAAUUGCAUCGCUACAGUUGAACCGUAUCCAGAACCAAACAUCACCACGAUCACCAGAGCAACCCCGUCGUUACGCAAGUUACAAAUCGGCGAGACCUGCAGAGCAGAACCAAUUCAUAGAUGAGAGAAUCCGGGCAAAAUUUGUACAAAUUGUGAACGAAAAUAACAAAUUGGGCCCUCCUGAAAACAUUGUCGAUGUCCUGCGAUCAAUCGAACGUCCUACAUACUUCCUCCAGCAAGUUUCGCCGAGUAUUAACGGUCAACCACCUAUUUGCAAGAUCGUGAACCGCGUAACAGCGAAGGAACGUGAGAAAGCUAGAGCAAAGGCUGCCCAUGCCGCCAAAGCGUCAUUGAAGCAGGUGGAAUUGAACUGGGCUAUUGACGCGCAUGAUUUGUCCCAUCGCUUGAAACAGUUGAAGAGCUUUUUACUGAAAGGCCGGAAAGUAGAGAUUUACAUGAAGAGGAAAAAAGGGAAGCGGGCGCCUACGACUGAGGAGAUAAAGCAUCUUAUGGACAAUGUGGCGGAAGCAGUCGAGAGUGUCGGCGCUGCGCAGGUUAAGCCCUCGUUUGGGGAGCCGGGGAAACAAGUUAUAUGGGUGGUGGAAAAAAAGAGUGGUUAG